UGGAGGUGGUGAGGGGUUCGGGGUGGCUGUGCUUUGAGAGGGCUGAGGGACCUUUCCCGGGACCAUUCAUAGCCCGGCUCCUGACUUCGUGCUGAGGCGGCCCCGUUCCCGAAAUCGGGCCUGAGCCGGAGAAGCCCCAGGACACACUCCAUUCUUGUGAUUUUUGAUUCUUCAGACCAGGAAGAAUAAGAUGUGUCUGUAGUUCUGAUCAUUCGUAUUUUUCACUUCAAGGUUAUUAUAUGUACCCAAUAUUGCUUCAAAUAGCUCAUUCUGGACAUGCUGCUGUUUUUUGCUUUGGGAUUGCUUGUACAUUUUGUUUUCUUUGCCUCCAUCUUUGACAUUUAUUUUACAUCUCCUUUGGUUCAUGGAAUGACUCCUCAGUUUACACCAUUACCUCCUCCAGCCAAAAGAUUAGUACUAUUUGUUGCUGAUGGCCUGAGAGCAGAUGCUCUUUAUGAAUUAGAUGAAGAUGGAAACUCUAGAGCACCUUUUAUUAGGAAUGUUAUAAUGCAUGAAGGCAGCUGGGGAAUAUCUCACACACGUGUGCCAACAGAAUCUCGGCCUGGCCAUGUAGCCCUAAUAGCUGGGUUUUAUGAGGAUGUCAGUGCAGUUGCCAAAGGAUGGAAAGAAAAUCCUGUAGAAUUUGACUCUCUUUUUAAUGAGAGCAAGUACACAUGGAGCUGGGGGAGUCCAGAUAUCUUGCCUAUGUUUGCCAAAGGUGCUAGUGGUGACCAUGUUUAUACAUAUAGUUAUGAUGCUCAAAUAGAGGAUUUUGGUGCCCACGAUGCCACAAAACUGGAUACCUGGGUUUUUGAUAAAGUUAAGGACUUCUUUGAUGCUGCAAGAAACAACCAGUCUUUAUUCUCAAAAGUAAAUGAAGAAAAAAUCGUUUUUUUCUUACAUUUAUUAGGAAUAGAUACAAAUGGACAUGCUCACCGACCAUCAUCAAGGGAAUAUAAGGACAAUAUUAAGAAAGUUGAUGAUGGAGUGAAGGAAAUUGUGUCAAUAUUCAAGCAUUUUUAUGGUGAUGAUGGGAAAACGGCAUUUAUUUUCACCUCUGACCAUGGAAUGACAGACUGGGGUUCCCAUGGGGCUGGCCAUCCUUCAGAGACUUUAACUCCUUUAGUCACCUGGGGAGCUGGAAUCAAGUUUCCUGAGAAAGUAUCAGCUCAGCAAUCUGAUGAUGAAUUUUUAAAAGAAUGGAAAUUGGAAAACUGGAAGAGGCGAGAUGUCAAUCAGGCUGAUAUUGCACCACUGAUGGCAUCUCUUAUUGGAGUUCCCAUUCCUCUUAAUUCUGUGGGAACACUUCCUGUGGAUUAUCUUAACAACACUCGUCUCUUCAAAGCAGAGAACAUGCUUACCAAUGCAGUACAGAUUCUUGAGCAGUUCAAGGUGAAGAUGACUCAGAAAAAAGAAGUUACUUUGCCAUUUUUGUUUACACCAUUUAAGUUGCUCUCUGAUUCUCAACAGUUGGAUACUUUAAGAAAAGCAAGGUCUUACAUAAAACAAGAAAAAUUUGAUGAAGUAGUCUCCCUCUGUGAAGAGCUGAUUGAUCUUGCAUUGAAAGGAUUGUCCUAUUAUCACACUUAUGACAGACUCUUUUUGGGCAUCAGUGUUGCAGUUGGUUUUGUGGGAUGGACAUCUUAUGCUUCUUUGUUAAUCCUCAAGUCUCAUUCUAAUCUCACAAGAAGUGCUAGGAAGGAAGUUAAGAAGCCACACCAUCUCUUGCCAUGUAGCUUUGUCGCUAUCGGUGUUUUAGUGGUGUGUUUCCUGCUUAUCCAAGUCUGUCCCUGGACUUACUAUGUGUAUUGCUUGCUGCCAGUGCCAAUUUGGUAUGCAGUUCUAAGAGAAUAUCAAGUUAUUCAAGACCUGGUUGCAUCACUGUUGACUUUUCCUCCGAGGCAUUUUGUGACCUACUUACUUGUCUUUGUCUUGGGAAUUGAAGUACUGGUGUUGAGUUUCUUCUACCGCUAUAUGCUGACAGCUGGACUGAUUGUGUUUGCGGGUUGGCCAUUUCUCACUCGGCUGUGGACCCGAGCAAAGAUCACCUGCCUGAGUUGGGCUCUCUUCUCUUUGCUUCUGGCAGUGUUCCCACUGAUGCCUGUUGUGGGUAGAAAGCCAGAUCUCUCUCUAGUAAUGGGUGCAGGCUUGCUGGUCCUCCUGCUGUCCCUGGCUAUUGUAACAACUCUCUCAAAAAGAAAAAUUACUUUGGUAAAGGAGGAGCUGUUGGUACUUCUAUUACAGAUGCUGAGUACAGUGCUCUCUAUGUAUGUUGUGUACAGCACCCACCACAGUCUAUUAAAGAAAGAAGGCCUGCCUCUUAUGAAUCAGAUUGUGAGCUGGGCAACGUUGGCCUCUUCCUUGAUUGUGCCACUUCUGAGUUCCACAACUCUCUUUCAGCGACUGUCCAGCAUACUUCUUUCCUUGAUGUCAACCUACUUGCUUCUAAGCACAGGGUAUGAAGCUCUCUUUCCAUUAGUAUUGUCCUGCUUGAUGUUUGUCUGGAUACACAUGGAACAAGAGACCCUGCAACAGCCUGGUGUUUCCUGUAAACAGAAGUUCACCAGCAUGCAGUUCACCUAUAACACUGAUAUAGCUCAGUUGCGACUGCUUAAUCUGGAUGACAUCCGUAGGGCCUUUUUCCUUGUUUUCUUUUUAGUGACUGCAUUUUUUGGAACUGGAAAUAUAGCUUCUAUUAACAGCUUUGACCUUGCCUCCGUGUAUUGCUUUCUGACUGUGUUUAGUCCUUUCAUGAUGGGAGCUCUCAUGAUGUGGAAGAUUUUAAUUCCAUUUGUUCUUGUGAUGUGUGCUUUUGAAGCAGUUCAGAUAACUACACAGCUGUCAUCAAAAGGCCUUUUUCUCAUUGUUCUUGUCAUAUCAGACAUCAUGGCUUUGCAUUUUUUCUUCUUGGUCAAGGAUUCUGGCAGCUGGCUUGAUAUUGGAACCAGCAUCAGCCACUAUGUUAUUGUCAUGUCCAUGACCAUCUUUCUGGUAUUUCUUAAUGGCCUGGCACAACUGCUCACAACAAAGAAACUCCAACUAUGUGGCAAACCCAAAAUCCAUCUCCUGUGAUGUUGGUGAAGCCAUCAGUCAGCAUCUGCAUCUUGAUUCUCCUUAAAGAAAAAUCCCACCAAGGAUCCAAGAAGAUGGAUAAAAGUGCUUGUUGUACAAGGCUGACAACUUGAGCUCGAUCCCUGGAAUCCAUGGUGAAAGGAGAAAACAAACUCUCAGAAGUUGUCCUUUGGGCACCUUUAAUCCCAGCACUCGGGAGGCAGAGGCAGGCGGAUCUCUGUGAGUUCGGGGCCAGGCUGGACCGACAGCUUCCGAAACAGAAACCCUGUCUCAUAAAACCAAAAAAAAAAAAAAAAAAAAGAAGUUGUCCUUUGGGCUCCAUGUGCAUAACACACACACACAUACGCACAGUAACACUGCAUCUCCAUCUAUAAAAGAAGAUGGAUGUUAAUGCAUAUUCUCCUUUAGAGACUGUUUCAUCUGGAAUUCUGGAUUUAUAGGUGGUCUGACAUAAUGGAGCUUCCUUUUCCUUUCAGUUAAUACAUAGGAUAACAGGUUUCUUUAUGACGUUUCCAAGAAGCUUCUUUUCUAUUUAGGUUUUGCAGGCUUGAAAUGAUGAUUAUAUCUUAGAACAGAAUAAAGCAUCCUUCGUUUUUAUUUUAUCUGGCAGAUUUUUCACAGUAAUGUUUGAGAAUACCUGCCACCCUUUAUGCCUCAUAAUGCAGCUUCAUGGUCAUCCAUGGGAGCCCGUGCCCCUGUGGGGGACAGUACUGACACUCUCAAAGUCAUCACUCUGGAGGGACUGCUGCUUUUGUAGUAGUUCUGACUGCUCCAGCUUGUGAUGUGUAAGACAGGCGGGCUGCAAUCUGGGACUUUCUGAACCUCACUGGGAAGCUGUCUGCCAAGCUUUGUCAUUUCUGUGUCCACAGUAUGCUGGCUUGUGCCCCUCUGUGCUGCUUCUAGGGUUCUCAUAGCCAAACAGCUAGAUGAAGUUUCCACCUUUACCUUCUGUCCAUUUCUGGUCAUCUUAGAAUUUCUGGGGACUCUGGCUCUUUUGGUUAUUGUUUCAACCUCAUUCCCCAAAUCAAAGGCUUUAGUUUCCUAAUAAUAUCAUAAAGACUUAAAUUAAAAUUGCUACUCUUUUGGUCUUGAUAUUUUAGUUAGACCAAAGACCUAUAACCAUAUAACCAUAUAAACUAGAUUUAGCUUUCCUUUUGUAUAUUCCAAUGAAUGAGAUAAUUUGAGAGUAAUUUUAAUUUGGGUUUUCCAUACAGUGACUAUAUAUAGUAUAGAGUUGCCUAUAGAAUGAUGUUUAGUACUUGACUUAUGUUUUGCUGGUAUGUAUCCCAUUUUAAAACAAAACAAUUGCUUUUUAUUCAAGUUAUACUAUGACUAGUCUGUAUUAGUGACCAGAAAGUUCUUUGCACAUUACUAAAUGUUUUUAAAUUGUCAGGUGAGGAAACAUAAUCUAGGAGAGUAAGCUCAGAUGAGCAAAAUAUACUUCAAUUUCUACUUAUGAUAAAGUCAUAAUUUAUUUGUGAUUGUGCCUCCUGAUUUGGCAGUGAACACGUUAUAGUGUAUUGAGAAAAGCGCUGCUCCUUGUACUGGCCUCAGCACCACUGUGUAACAGUCUAGGUGGCAGCUAAGGAGCUGCUGCAGCAGUGCUAACAUUGGCAGAACAAGGACCCCGCUGCCUUCCUAGACCCUCAGGUAGCUUCUCAUCCCACUAUGUAAACACCAUUUACCUUUGUGCAAUUUGAUUUGCAUUCCUCCUCUACAGAGGCAUUAAUUCAUUGUUAAAGGUUUAAGUGUGUGUGUGCGUGUGCAUGCAUGCAUGCACAUGUGAGCACAGGUUGUUAGAUCCCUGAAGCUGUAGUUGAAGGUUGUGAGAUGCCUGAUAUGGGUGCUGGGAACCAAAGUCAGGUCCUUUGCAGGAAUAGGGUUUUUUGUUUGUUUGUUUUUUGUUUUUUAUUUUUUAAUAUUUUUAUCUUAUUUAACUUUUUACACAUAUUACUCUCAGUCCCUUUCCCAUCCCUCCUCCCCCAGCCCUCCCAUUCCUCCCAACCCCCAAGCCACUCCAUCUCCCGACAUCUCUCUUAACUCCAGAGUUAAUAUUUUUGUAAAGCACUGUAAAAGGUGCUUCCUGUCUUAUGUCUCUUUUUCAUUAUGUACUUACCUCUGGGUUGGCUCUAGCUUUCCCUGCUGCAUUGAUUAAAUUAGGAAAAGCUUUUAGAAAGUGGGAAUAAACGGGGCAUGGUGGCAGAUAUUUGUAAUCCCAGCAUUAGGGAGGUAUAGGAAGGAGAUCAUAAGUUCAAGGACAUAGAAAAUUAGACACCAGCCUAGUCUGUAAAACCCUGUGUUGAAAAGAAUUAAAGUUAGCAUCUCAAAUUGAAAAAAAAUUAGAAUAUUGAAUGACAGAGAAAAAAGAUACUAUGUUACAUGAAUCAUGACUAAAUCUUGGAUACUAAUUUAACAAAUUUGUUGUAUUUUACUAUUUAGUGUAUAAAGUCUUAGAAUGCAAAAUUCUUUCUUGCAUUUUAGAAAAAUUAUAUUACAAACGGUGUGGUGGCACAGGCCUCUGUAUAAUCACAGUGUUGUGGAAGCUGAGGCUGAGGAUCACAUGUUCAAGGUCAGCGUAGGUCGCAUAGCAAGUCCAGGGCAGCAUACAUUAUGUGAGACCCUGUGUUAGGAAACAAUGAAGUGGUGGUGGGGGGACUGUUGUACUAUAAAUGACUGUAUGCGAAGGAUGAUGUAACCCUCUAGUCAGUGACAGAACUGAACUGGAAAGUGGCUCAUCAGUUACAGUGCAGCUUCUCAUGAAAACCUCAUUCCAGAUUUCAGGCUACUCACAGCAGCCCUCCUCCUGCUACAUACUGUCAGCAGUAAAGGGUUUCUUUGUUCCUCCUUUUGAAACUACUUUUUGAUGCUACUAGUUCAGUGGGUAGUGAAGGGUUGCAUAGUCCUGCCUCUAGAGACAGGCAGCAGCUGUGUCCCCUCUCCAGGUGGAAGCCAUGUGAGCUCCAUAUAUCCUUAGAUGGAGCUCACAUUAGGAGUCUGGAGAGAAUAAACCAAGUCAGUAAUGGAGAGGACCCCCAUCUGAUUAAUGCUCAGGCCCUUUAAGAGGCCAGAGGCAGCCUGGCUGACAUCUCUCCUUUCCUCAAUAGUUCUUUAUGUCAGCAGUGCCCUCAUCACAUCUAAAUGUUUCAGAGUGUUCAUGCUCAUUAUACUACAUGCUCUCAGUACUCUGGUAAUUUCUUCGUAGCAUUUCCUAUUUCUGCACUGGUGUAGUUUAUAAAAAUGGAUUUCUGAAUGUAAUUCUAUAAAGAAACAAAAUUUUCUCAAGUUUAUUAAAAUGGAUUAGGUUAUUGGUGGACUUACCUUUAGAAUCAUAGUAUUUAUGUGUACAAACAGCAUAUUGAAGAUAAUUUCAAAGCAUCAGUUGUUGGUGAAUAAAUACAUGAUCAUAAAA